CGGGUCCCUUCGUUCGGAUCCAACCCUAUUGCCUUUGCUCGGCGCGGCCCCGCCUGCAGCCCAGACCCGAGCCUGGGCUGCGCUUAACUUCUCGCUUCUCUCCACGCUCGAGCCAAUCACCAGCCUCGAAUUUCCUCUGGCCCCGCCUCCAGGCCCGCCCAGGCCCAGUCCCGGGCUUGGUUCGUCCAGGCCCCACCCCCGCCCCGCCCCGCGGUCGGUGCGCCGCGGUCGAGAAGGCGCCUACAGCAGACGCUCGGAACUGCGGACCCGAGAGCUUCCCGCAUUAGGGCUGGUGGUGGGAGCGGAGUGGGUCGGGCGGGGCCGAGCCGGGCCGUGGGCCGUGGGCCGUGUGGGGGCCGGGCGGCGGCCGGGCCGGCGGACGGCGGGAUGGGGUGCACAGUGAGCGCCGAGGACAAGGCGGCGGCCGAGCGCUCUAAGAUGAUCGACAAGAACCUGCGGGAGGACGGCGAGAAGGCGGCGCGGGAGGUGAAGUUGCUGCUGUUGGGUGCUGGGGAGUCAGGGAAGAGCACCAUCGUCAAGCAGAUGAAGAUCAUCCACGAGGACGGCUACUCCGAGGAGGAAUGCCGGCAGUACCGGGCGGUUGUCUACAGCAACACCAUCCAGUCCAUCAUGGCCAUUGUCAAGGCCAUGGGCAACCUGCAGAUCGACUUUGCCGACCCCUCCAGAGCGGACGAUGCCAGGCAGCUGUUUGCACUGUCCUGCACUGCUGAGGAGCAGGGUGUGCUCCCUGAUGACCUGUCCGGCGUCAUCCGGAGGCUCUGGGCUGACCAUGGUGUGCAGGCCUGCUUUGGCCGCUCGAGGGAAUACCAGCUCAACGACUCAGCUGCCUACUACCUGAAUGACCUGGAGCGCAUUGCACAGAGUGACUACAUCCCCACGCAGCAAGAUGUGCUACGGACCCGCGUAAAGACCACGGGGAUCGUGGAGACACACUUCACCUUCAAGGACUUACACUUCAAGAUGUUUGAUGUGGGUGGUCAGCGGUCUGAGCGAAAGAAGUGGAUCCACUGCUUUGAGGGCGUCACAGCCAUCAUCUUCUGCGUAGCAUUGAGUGCCUAUGACUUGGUGCUAGCUGAGGAUGAGGAGAUGAACCGCAUGCAUGAGAGCAUGAAGCUAUUCGACAGCAUCUGCAACAACAAGUGGUUCACAGACACGUCUAUCAUCCUCUUCCUCAAUAAGAAGGACCUGUUCGAGGAGAAGAUCACACACAGUCCCCUGGUCAUCUGCUUUCCUGAGUACACAGGGGCCAACAAGUAUGAUGAGGCAGCCAGCUACAUCCAGAGUAAGUUUGAGGACCUGAAUAAGCGCAAAGACACCAAGGAGAUCUACACGCACUUCACAUGCGCCACCGACACCAAGAACGUGCAGUUUGUGUUUGACGCCGUCACCGACGUCAUUAUCAAGAACAACCUGAAGGACUGCGGCCUCUUCUGAGGGGCAGCAGGGCCUGGCAGGAUGGGCCACCGCUGACUCUGUACCCUCAACCCCUGAGGAAGAUGGGGGCAAGAAGACCACGCUCCCCGCCUGUUCCCCCAGCCGCUUUUCUCCUCUUUCCUCCCUUUGUUCUCAGCUCCCCCGUCCCCUCAGCUCCAGACUUAGGGGAGGGGUUGCCACAGGCCUCCCUGUUUGAAGCCUGCCCUUGUCUGAGGUGCCGGUAAUGGCCAUGGUACCCCCUUUCUGGGCAUCUGUUCUGGGUUUUAACCAUUGUCUUGUUCUGUGAUGGGGGUGGGGGAGCACAUGCUGAGUCUCCCAAGGUUGCAUCUGGAGGAGCCCCUGCUUCUCCAGCCUGGACCCCCAGCUUUGCCCAACACCAGCCCCUGCCCCAGCCUAAGUCCAAAUGUUUACAGGGAGCCUCCUGCCCAGUUCCCCACCCCCCAGCCGCUUGGAGGCCCCAAAGGAAAAAGCACAAGAAGCGUGAGACGCCACCAUUCCUGGAGACCACAGUCCACCUGCUCAUUCUCGUAGCUUUUUAAAAAAAUGAAAGUAAAGGAAAAAAAAAAAAAAAAAAACGCAAAUCUAGAAAACUUUUUAGAGAAAAACUAUUUAAAACUAUCAGAUCCUGACCAGCAGCCCCCUCAGCCCCCCUUCCAAGUGACUCCGUGCCUUGAGUGUGUCUGCGUGUUUACACCCAUCCCUCUGCUGGCCGCCCCUGUGUGAGCGGCACCCCUGCCCUGCCCUCCACAGAAUUGGGUUCCAAGGGCUGUUCCAGACAACUGCCAACGUCACUGAGGGCCCUGCCCCAGCGGCCCUGGGCCCAGGCUCCAUUAACCUAAAUGUAGCUCCUUAGCGCUAACCUAGGAACCGCCGCUGCCUGCUGGGGGGCCACGCCCCUCAUGCCCUCGUCCCAGGCCCGGGGCCUUCAGCGUUGAACACUUCCUUGCUUUUUUUCACAUGUUUUAUGGAAUUGUUCACCUGGUUUGAAAUAAUAAAAUGUAGAAAGAAAAAAAA